AUGCAACAGCAGAAUACCGGCAGCGCAAGGAAGUCUGAACAAGACGGAAAGGUCCGCCGCACUGGAGUGAAGCUCACAGAGCAGGAUGAGAGACUGCUAGAAGAGCGUAUUAGCGCCAACACGCUGGUUUACCCCAAACACUCUUUAGUGGCAGUCGCUUUUAUCGCGGCCUUUCAGUCUGUGUAUCUUUCACAUGCUUUUAACGGAUUGGACUGGUCUGUGCCGGCCAAUCUUGGUCUCUACGUUGCCGUGAUGCUCUUCACUGCCUAUAUGCUCUCGCAGGCAUACAUUGUGAUGGUUGAAAGUGAGUUCUGGCGUCGUCAGCGACACUAUGAUGAGGUACCAGAGGAUGAUAAGAAGUUAUUACAUAAACUACGAUUGCAGGUGGCUGUGGGAUAUUCCCUCUUUUUUAUCAACAGUGUGUUCUCUGUGGUUUGCACAACGUUGCAUAUAUAUAUAUUCCGUCAUUCGGACCCACGGGCGAGUUUUAUUCUCUCGCCAACCAUGACUGCCGCGUUGCUGUGGCUCAUCGCGCAAAAGAAUGAAGAGACACGCCGCCGCCGCAUGGCACGACACAAGUAA